AUGAAACCAGCUAGUGAUGACGAUGAUGCUUAUGUUGACGAAGAGGAUGAGUCAUCAAGCAAUUCAGAUGACGAAGACAUCGAAGAACAACAAAAAAAAAUGAUGAAAAAGAUUUCUCUUGAUCAUACCAUAUUUGUUCAUGUGUUGGAUCAAGUGAUACAAGAUAGUAAUGCAGUACUGUCGAUUCUGCAAGACAUUCUUGUCAAAUCACAUAUUCGUCGCUAUCUAAACGAAAGACAUGAUAUUUCAGCAGCUGCUCAAUUUGUAGCAGCAUGUGCUUCAUAUGGUGGUGUGAAAAAUAUUCAUGCAUUUGUAUGUCAACUGACUUCUACUCGUUCGAAAAAUAAACUUAAAAUUAACGAUAUCACUAAGCUACAUAAUUUUAUCUAUGAAUCAACUGCUAUUCGUUCGUAUCGCGCUUGGAAUAUAGGCAUUGGUAAAAUGAUUACGCUUGAUGGAAGUGCAAACGUUUCGUCGAAGAUUACCUCUCUCAUUUGUGUUAAUCCUUCUCUGGAACUAAAUCGACUCGUAAAUUCUUCUGCAGAUGAUCGACCGGAUGAUGCUGUAUUAUCAGUGGUCCAAGAUUCUGGUGCUAAUGAUCACGAUAAAUCGAAAUCAAGAUUAUUUUUUUGCGAUUACGAAGGGUGUAUUUGUUGCUUCCUAAAUGAUGGUAACCUUCUUCGUCAUAUAGCUAAUGGCAAGCACACUGAACGAGUCGAAAAAUUAUCAAUGAAAGACCUCGCAAUGAUUAGUUAUAAGUCUAAGCUAGAUGUUGCUGACAACCAAGAGCCUUUAUCUCUUGAAUUAGAGACAAUUACUUUCAAUUCGGACGAUUGCAAUCAUAUACCACCGUUGAGUCAAGGAUGGGCUCUCCCAUUAAGUCGACAAGCGCAGACACUAUCUCCGAAAGUAAAGCAAUUUCUAAAGAAGAAGUUUGAUGAUGGUCAACUACAUGAAAUACGAUGGCAGCCGAAGGCAGUGGUUGAUGAAAUGAAAAAUGGUAAAGAUUCAGAAACAGGGCUUUACGUUUUUGCUCUUUCUGAGCUUGUUAAAGUGAGCACAGUUCGAUCAUUUUUCUCGCGAGAAAGUGCAAGCAAAGACACACUAAAUAAUCCAAAACCAUCUACGUUCAAAGAAAAUAGUCUUAUAACUGAUGAACAAUAUGAUAGUGAAGAGGACAUUGAGGAAGAAGCAUUUCAAGAACAACUGGCCGUCGAUUCAGAGCUUCAAUUUGAUGAUAUUCGAUCAAUAGUCAAUAAACACGAUAUCGUCGAAAACAACUCGGCUACAACUACGUCAAAACGAGCGUUAUCCUCACUUGAAAACGAAAAUUUAUCGCACACACGAAAAUCAUCUAGAUUUCCGCGAAAGAAGGGAGAAUAA